AUGGCUACUGCAGAAUCCGAUGAUUAUAACUUGCAGGAUGCAUGGGAAAGAGUAUGCACGUCGUUCGCGCAGACAACCAAAGUCGACCUGACUGCAGCGCCAAAAUACUCUGUUGACGAGGUCCUGGAUCAAAUUAGGGGCAAACAGGAGGAAGAUGAUGAGCGAAACAACAAGUACAAAACAGCAAAGGAUGUGAUCGGCAAGACUUUGAAUUUCGUGAUGGUCCUGGGUGGGAUCGCCGCUCAGGGCGCAAGCAUGGUUUUUGCUCCCAGCAGUCUAUGCUUCAAUGCAAUCUCCUACCUCAUUAGUACGGGUGCCAAAUACAAGCGAAUUUUCAGCAGCCUCACUGAGCUUUUCAGGCGGAUCUCUGACGUAUUGGAGCGGUGUAAGAUCUAUUUGCGCCUGCCUGCCAAUGCAGUGGACGUCGCCCUCCGGAAGAUCAUCAACGAAGAGCUUGUCUGUUUUGUUGAUAUUUGCGCUUUGUCGAUCAAAGUUCUCAAGGGUCACAAGGUGUUUACCGCACUCAAGGUCUUUGCGUUCGACAGUGACGAAGGUGUGAGUGGUCAGCUGGGCCGCUUGGCUUCCCUCGUUGAACGCGAAUCUCAAAUGCGAGCCACGCUCGGAUUUGAGUCGCAAAAGACAACUGAAAGAAGUGUUUAUGAAACCAGGGAAGGCACCCGAAAGAUAAACACCACUGUCGAUAAGCUUCUCAACUUCGAGAAGAAGAAAGACGCAGACAACGCUACGAAGAGGUUGUUGGACAGCAUUGAUUCCAGCCUUGACGCCCCAAGUGAGAAUUUGAAGAUAUUACAGGUCAGCUACAAACGACUCCUGAAUGACCAAGUUCAAGGGAGCGGUGAAUGGCUCCGCAGCGACCCUUUAUUCACAAAGUGGGCUUCUCCCGAGCAAUCAUCAUUCUCGGUUUUGGGUGUCUCUGGGGGCGAGGGAUACGGAAAAUCUUUCCUCUUUGCGAGUAUUAUACAACAAUUGCAAGAGGCUCAUUCCCAGCCUGGAGAUGAUCUGACUUGCACGUCAGUUGCCUAUUACCUUUUUCAAGAGGAAAAAAAGAAUACGUCGCUCGCCCAGGCACUCAAAGUACUUGCGUGGCAGAUUGCCAACAAAGACAUUGUUUAUCGGAAAGACCUCAGCUCUACAAAAACAGAUGGCAUCAAUCAUAUCCAAGGACUUUGGGACGCCCUUUUCGCCAAGUCUUACAGAAGCGACUCAACCAUAUUUCUGCUCCUGGAUGGCGUGGAGCAAAUAGACAAGAAUCAAAUCAAGGAGUUCGUUCAUGUCUUGACAGAGAUACUAAAACAGUCUGUCUCAUGGCCUCAAUUCAAGCUCCGCCUUGUUCUGUCUGGUCGCGAUGACACCAUCACGAAGAUCAAAGGACACAUGGGAGACGGAAUUUCCGUCAUUGAUGUGGCCUCAAAGAAUAGUGACGACAUGCAGAAGUUCAUCAUCGAUCGCAUGAACAAGAUGGAGAUAUUCAGCGGCGACUCGGAUCAGAUCCUCUCACUGCGUCGGGAGAUUUUGGAGAAUUUGACUACUCAAACUCGUGGUGAUUUUGUGAACGUUGCUCUACUUUUGCAUGAGAUCAGUAGGAAACAACGACCCGGUGAAAUCAGAGACAUCUUGUCCCGCUCUGGUGGCAACAGAUCCGACACAAUUGUGCGCAAGAUAGACCAGUUGAACGAGACGCUUAGCGAUGAAGAUAUCUCUGAUUUGAACAUCCUCCUAACAUGGGUGGUGUUCUCCAUUCGAGACCUAACCCUUGAAGAGCUCGAGGCAGUGCUUACUCUCAAAACGGGCGAAUCAUCUCUUCGCCCCCUUGCAGAAAAGAUUACGGACCAAUAUUCAUCACUGUUCACGAUUAAGGGUGAGCCACAUCCUAUCACCAAGAUUAUCCCGACUACCUCUCGAGUGACACUCGUGUCCGACUCCAUUGAGGCCUUCUUGCGUACCAAGAGUGAGAAAGAUGCUGUCGAGAACUCGGAAGAGUUGAGUCUUACAGGUGAUGUCAGCGAGGUCGAGGUCAGAAUAGUCCGUCGCUUCCUUGAGUCUGUCUGCGAUCCCAGGCUAUUUGGGAAAUUUGGCUUCGACGAGUUCUUUCAACGAAAGCUCAAGGGAAAGACUGCCCGUGUCGGUAUCGACAUUGAGACUGCUCAUUUACGCAUCUUAGCAACGUGUCUCGAAGUGAUUCGCUCUCAGAACUCGCCUGAACUUUCGCCCCUGUUUCGAUAUGCAGCAGUCUUUUUCCCGGAGCAUCUUAAACAGGCAGACCCCUCUUUGACCCAACCGCAACACAAAUCAGCACUUGGACCACAGUUGGUCAGUCUCUUCACGGAUCCUAAAGUCAUUAGAGACUGGUGGACGCAAAAUAGUCCUUGGCCUCGUUUCAACUGGAUCUAUGACGAUGAAUACGCUGAAGUCUCCUUGAAGUGGUUACAAGAUUCUGCCGUGACCAAAAACCUCUCUGAGGAGCAAAGCAAAUGGGUCAAGAGUUUGAGUUCCAAGUCCGAGCCAGACGCAGACAUCAUCGACCAUAUUGCUAGAUCCGUCGCCCAGGCUUGGCUUCAGCUAGGUGCUUAUGAUGUUGCUGAAUCAUUUGCAGCGGUUCAUGGAUAUAUCACCAAGAUUGAGCAUCGCAAAAAUCCUGACAUCAAACGAUCAACAGAUGACCCCAAGGCUGAGGAAAUUGAGGCUUCUCAAAUCCUAGCAGCGGCAGAAUGGGCCCGUCAGAAGCUUGGGUUAGAAAGCUUUGGAUACGAGGAGAAUCGCAACUUGGCGCGCACCUUGAGGGAAUAUUCCAAACACGAGGAAGCUACCGAGCGCUUCAAACUCACCUCAUCACUUGAAUCAUAUAAUUGGUUCUCCCAGUGGGGCCUUGCCACCUGUUAUGCCAACCAAGGAGAGCAUGCACUUGCCAUCGCGACUUUGGAAGAUGCGAUCAACACAAUCAGAUGUGGCGAUGUCACUGAAGACUAUGACACACUGCCAGAAAUGGAUCGAGACCUGGCAAAAUGGAAUGAAGAGGCUGGCGAUAGCGCCAAGGCAUUCGCUAUAUACGAGAAGGUUCUGCGUGAAAAUCCUGGUGAUUAUGAAGCAGCCUUGGACAUGAUGCUCUUGUUCCACAAAGACAAGAAGUACGAGGGCCUCCUCGCCUUCUUAGAGUCUCUGAAGAGCUCCACGGACGAAGCGACUGGUCUUGACCGGCGCACCACUGCAUUCCACGUGCAUUAUGCCAAUGAGGAUUACCACACUGCUUUAUUUGCACUGGUUUCUGAUGGCAAUGGUUUCGAUGCAAUCUAUCAAAGCUACGACGCGGCCAUUAAUGCCGCUCGGGAGCGCCUUGCCGAGGGAAGAGAGAAGGGUGACACUGAUGAAGAACACUUUGCUGGGGCUUGCCUUGCAUUAUUGAUGCAUAAUCUUGCACUUCUUUGUUAUCAAAAUGGCGCAGAAAACCUCGAACGCAGGGAGUUCGCCAUCGACCUGUGGGUCCGCAUCCUACAAAUACAAGAGAUAUCGGAAGAGUCCUAUCUCACAGUUGCCAAAUCCUACGUUCGCCCAAAGCUUGCAAAUGUCUGUUUCAAAGAGGCCAGUCGAGACCCGGCAGCGGCAGCGCCUUACUUGGAACAACUUGAACAACUGGCUUCAUUCAAUCCUGCAGACGGCCAAGGGAUCGGUCGAUCUAGCACUUAUCCGUCAGAGAUACUUGCAUGGUAUCACGCAUUGCAGAAGGAUGAACAAAAGGCCAAAGAUGCUGUUCGCACCCACGUGAAACGCAAUAUUGAUAUCUUAUCUGACGAUGACCCGCUCAAUGAUUGGCAGGGAUACCGAGGACUGGCGCGAUACUUCAUGUCCGCAGGGCAGGACGCUGACUCUCUCGCCGCCUGGUCGCUGAUAGUCCCACUUGACGAUGCAGAAGCCAAAACUGAUGAUUUGGAAUCCGAAUCACCCCGAAAAUUGAAAGGACCUAUGUUAGACGUGUGCGAUGGUGAUUGUGAGACAGAAUGGGAAUACGCAAAUGACAUUUAUGUAUGCAGAGAGUGCGACUACAUGGAGCUUGAUAUUGGAUGCUUGAACAAGCUGCGGGAUGGGAAGCUCGAAGAUCAUAUUUGCGGCCGAGAGCACCAGAUGCUGCAUGUUCCAGCUUACGAUUUGGCUCGUCGUCAGACAAUUGGGGAGGGUAAUGUUAUGGUUGGAGAAGAAGUCAUCUCGGUUAGUGCCUGGCUUCAACGCAUCAAGGAGCAGUGGGGCAUUUGA